UGCAUGGUGCUCUCCCCUAUAAAGAGCCUUUGGCUCCUAACAAGUUUUUGAUACAUUAAUUUCAAGCAGAAACAGAGGUACAAAUGGGAUUAAACAGGUUCUCUCUGCCAGCAGUGGCGGUGAUAAUGAUAAUUAAUGCCAUCCUUCUAUCACAAGGGUGUCUGGAGGAAGAACGAAUUGCUCUUUUGCAAAUCAAAACUUUCUUUGCAAAACACCCAAAUGACAAUGACAUUGCAUCCCCGCUAUUCUCUUGGGGAAAGGAUGCCCUCUGUUGCAGUUGGAAAGGAGUAACCUGCAGCAAUUCCACUACAAGACGAGUCGUCGAAAUCGAUCUUUCCUACGCAAGAUAUUGGUACUCAUCUAUGGGAGAUUGGCACCUAAAUGCAUCUCUAUUUCUUCCCUUCCAAGAACUCAAAGUUCUUGACUUGGCUGGAAAUGGCAUAGCUGGCUGUGUUGCGAAUGAAGGUUUCCAAAGGCUGUCAAGACUUGCAAAAUUGGAGGCUAUUGACUUGGGUGACAAUAUCUUCAGCAAUAACAUCCUAUCAUUUUUUAAAGGGCUUUCAUCUCUUAAAUAUCUAUAUCUUUAUAACAACAAGUUAAAAGGAUCAAUAAACACAAAAGAAUUUGAUUCAUUGACCAACUUGAAGAAGCUAUGGCUGUUCGAAAAUAAGAUCCAAGAUUUUAUAGCCCUAACAGGCUCUGAAGGACCAUCAAGGCUUAACAAAUUAGAAACUCUCGAUUUAAGCUUUAAUAACUUCAACAAUAACAUCCUAUCAUCUCUCGAAGGGCUUUCAUCUCUUAAAUAUCUAGAUCUUGAUGGCAACCAGUUGCAAGGAUCAAUAAACAUGAAAGAAUUUGAUUCAUUGAGCAACUUGAAGGAGCUAUCGCUAGCUGGAAAUAAGAUCCAAGAUUUUGUAGCCUUAACAGAAUUUGAUUCAUUAAGCAACUUGGAGGAGCUAUGGCUGGAUAGAAAUGCGAUACAAGAAUUUAUAGCCUUAACAGGCUCUGAAAGACCAUCAAGACUUAACAAAUUAGAGACUCUUUAUUUAGGCUACAAUAACUUCAACAAUAGCAUCCUAUCAUCUCUCCAAGGACUUUCAUCUCUCAAAUAUCUAUAUCUUGAUGGCAACCAGUUGCAAGGAUCAAUAAACAUGGAAGAAUUUGAUUCAUUGAGCAACUUGGAGAAGCUAUCGCUGGUUGGAAAUAAGAUCCAAGAUUUUGUAGCCUUAACAGAAUUUGAUUCAUUGAGCAACUUGAAGGAGCUAUCGCUAGCUGGAAAUAAGAUCCAAGAUUUUGUAGCCUUAACAGGCCUUUGUGAGUUAAAGCAUCUCCAGGAACUAGAUAUCAGCUAUAAUGAUCUCACUGGUUCUUUGCCUUCGUGUUUCUCGAAUUUGACAAACCUUCGAGUUUUAGAUAUCUCUUUCAACCACUUCACUGGGAAUAUAUCCUCGAGUCCCCUCGGUAGUCUCACGUCCAUUCGAGAUCUAAACCUGUCAGACAAUCACUUCCAAAUACCAAUCUCACUUGGCCCAUUUUUUAACCUUUCAAACCUCAAGAAUUUGAAUGGUGACCGUAAUGAGAUAUACGAGUCAACAGAGCUGGUACACAAUUUAAUUCCAAGGUUCCAGUUACAGAGGCUUUCUUUGUCACGUACUGGACUCGGCGGGACAUUUCCGAAAUCCCUGUACUAUCAGCAUGACCUUCAAUUUGUUGAUCUCUCACACAUCAAAAUGACAGGAGAAUUUCCGAGCUGGUUGUUACAAAACAACACAAAACUUGAAGAGCUUUAUUUGGUCAACAAUUCUCUUUCAGGAUCUUUCCAAUUAGCAAAUCAUUCCCUUGUGAAUUUGUCACGUUUGGAUAUCUCGAGAAAUCUCAUCCACAGUCAAAUCCCUACUAAAAUUGGAGCAUGUUUCCCCAGGUUAGUGUUUUUGAACCUGUCCAGAAAUGAUUUCGAUGGCAGCAUUCCCUCUUCGAUCAGCAAUAUGAGCCUUUUGAAAGUCUUAGAUUUGUCCAACAAUAGCUUAUCAGGCCACAUACCCGAGCAGUUGGUGGAAGGCUGUUUAUCAUUAGAGGUUAUCAUGCUUUCAAAUAAUUAUUUCAAAGGCCAGCUUUUCUGGAAAAAUUUCAACUUAAGAUAUUUGACAGAGCUGAUAUUAAGAGGGAAUCAGUUAACUGGGAUUCUUCCGAAUAGCUUGUCUAAUUGUUCUGCAUUGGAAGCAUUGGAUGUUAGUCACAAUAAUUUGUCUAGUAAGAUCCCGAGAUGGAUUAGGAAUAUGUCUUCUCUUCAAUAUUUAGACCUUUCAGAGAACAAUCUUUUUGGAAGUCUACCAUCCAGCUUUUGUUCUUCAAGGAUGAUGACAGAAGUUUAUUUAUCUAAAAAUAAACUAGAAGGAUCACUGAUUGAUGCAUUUGAUGGCUGCCUGUCGCUGAACAGAUUAGAUCUUAGCCAUAAUUAUUUUGGAGGUAAAAUUCCCGAGUCAAUUGGUUCUUUGUUCCAGUUGAGCUUUCUUCUUUUAGGUUAUAAUAAUCUAGAAGGUGAAAUCCCAAGCCAGCUGUGCAAACUAGAGAAAUUAAGCUUGAUUGAUCUUUCUCAUAAUAAUCUGUGUGGUCAUAUUCUUCCAUGCCUACAACCUAGCAGCAAGUGGUAUCGGGAACGAGAAGCAUCUAUAAAUCCUUCUGAUAGUGCUCCAGGUCCUAUGCCAUUUGCCGCUGCUCCUAUUCCUUUGGAAGAUCCUUCUGUGAAUAAAGCUUUUGAGUUUACAACAAAGAGUAGAUCUUAUUCAUUCAAGGGAAUCAUCCUCACUUACUUCUCUGGUAUCGAUCUCUCCUGCAACAAUUUGACUGGAGAGAUUCCCUUUGAGCUUGGAUACCUUAGCAACAUCCAGGUGUUGAAUCUAUCCCAUAACAGUUUAACAGGUCCAAUCCCACCUACGUUUUCAAACCUGAAGAAAACUGAAAGCAUGGAUCUUUCCUACAACAACUUGAACGGGGAAAUUCCUCGUCAGCUUCUCAACUUAAACUUCCUUUCUGCUUUCAGUGUAGCCUACAAUAACUUAUCUGGCAAAACACCAGAGAUGGUUGGACAAUUCUCAACAUUCAACAAGUCUAGCUACGAGGGAAAUCCGAUGCUUUUUGGACCACCACUCACCAAUAACUACAUUGGAGAAAUAUCACCAUCACCGUUGCCAAGGUAUAAGACCGACAAAAAUGAAGAAAACGGCUUCAUUGAUAUGGAGGCUUUCUAUGUGACAUUUUCAGUUGCAUACAUCGUGGUUCUGUUGGUAAUAGGUGCAAUUCUGUACAUAAACCCGUAUUGGCGACAAUCAUGGUUUUACUUUAUUGGGGAGAGCAUCAAUAAUUGCUAUUACUAUCUUGUAGACAAUCUACUUGUGCCAGCCAAGUUCAGACGAUUUCAGCCUUGUGUCUGAAACGUUAGUUCAGGUUUUGUCAAAAAUCUCACAAGACAAUUCAAGAUUUGUAUUGAGUAGAAAUUGUCCUAUUCAGGGUAC